UGCAGAGGGGGCUGGCCGGGCGCCUGGUGAGCCGCUGCAGCCCCGGGUUUUCAAUUCAGCAAAGUUUUCCUUGGUCUUUUGGAUGGCCCAAAAUGAAGGCAGUGUACACGUCCCAGAACUUCCUGCCUCUGAAGAAGGGAAGAUUCCAAGCAUCAAAGUUUGUUCAGAUAAUGAGAUGACUGAGGGAGAAAUGAAGUUCCUUGCAAACGCGUCAUCCCUAGAUAGUGCUGCUCCGAACCUCCAAGAGAUCUGCAAGAGCCAAGAGAAGCCACAGGUAACUCCCCCACCGUUCAGACGUCGGCGCAGGCGCUCUAAUGUGCCAAGUUUGGGGGGUUACAUCAAUAUGCUGGGCAUCCUCGAAGACCCACCAGCCGCCAGUUCAACCCGACGUGUGCCAGAAAAGCCGUUCCACUGCACCGAUUGUGGGAAGAGCUUCUCACAGAGUUCCAACCUGAUCGAGCACCAGAGAAUCCACACAGGGGAGCGUCCUUUCACAUGCAGCGAGUGUGAGAAAAGUUUCAGCCGCAGCAGCACCCUGGUGGAGCACCAGCGCACACACACGGGUGAGAAGCCUUACACGUGCAUGGAGUGUGGGCGGGGCUUCAGCCGCAGCUCCACCCUCACAGAGCAUCAGCGCACCCACACGGGGGAGACGCCCUUCCCGUGCCGGGAGUGUGGCAAGGCCUUCAGCCGCACUUCCAACCUUGUGAAGCACCUGCGCACCCACUCGGGUGAGAAGCCCUACACCUGCGCACUCUGCGGGAAGCGUUUCUCCCUUAGUUCCAAUCUCUUGAAGCAUGAGCGCACCCAUUCGUGGGAGAAGCCCUUCCCCUGCUCCCUCUGUGGGAAGCGCUUCAAGAAGAAGACCCACCUGGUGUCUCACCAUCGGGUGCACACCGGAGAGCGGCCUUACCGGUGCGAGGAGUGCGGGAAGUGCUUCUCCCAGAGCUCCAUCCUUAUUGAGCACCAGAGAAUCCACACAGGGGAAAAGCCCUACAAAUGUGCAGACUGCGGAAAGAGCUUCUGUGUGAGCUCCAACCUCAUCAAGCACCAGAGAAUCCACACAGGAGAGAAGCCCUAUGCAUGCAUGGUCUGCGGGAAAGCUUUCCGUUACAAACCCCAUUCUGUGUUGAUCGAACACCAGAGAAUCCACACAGGGGAGAGGCCCUUUGUGUGCAAUGUGUGUGGAAAACGCUUCUCCCAAAGCUCGACGCUGAUGGGGCAUCAAAGGAUCCACACUGGUGAGAAACCUUUUGCCUGCCCAGAGUGUGGAAGGGGCUUCAGCCGUAGUUCUGCCUUGACGGAGCAUCAGCGGACCCACACCGGGGAGACGCCCUUUCCGUGCCGGGAGUGUGGCAAGGCCUUCAGCCGCACCUCCAACCUUGUGAAGCACCUGCGCACCCACUCGGGAGAGAAGCCCUACUCCUGCUCCCUCUGUGGGAAGCGCUUCUCCCUUAGUUCCAACCUGCUGAAGCAUGAGCGCACACAUUCGGGGGAGAAGCCCUUUCCCUGCCCUCUGUGCGGCAAAUGCUUCAAGAAGAAGACCCACCUGGUGUCACACAAUCGUGUGCACACUGGGGAGCGGCCAUAUCGGUGUGAGGAGUGUGGGAAGUGCUUCUCCCAGAGCUCAUCCUUGAUUGAACACCAGAGAAUCCACACAGGGGAGAAGCCCUACAAAUGCGCCCAAUGUGGCCGAGGAUUCUAUGUCAAUUCCAAACUGGUCAAACACCAGAGAAUUCACACGGGAGAGAAACCAUAUGCCUGCUCUGCCUGUGGGAAAACAUUCCGAUACAAGCAGCAGUUCCCACGCCAUCAGGCCCACGUCCACCCUGGAGAGGACCACGUUUCUGUGCUCACCUUGGGUGCUAGUGUUAAUAUGCUCCUUGCAUAGACCAGCCCUUGGCCUUUGGUCUUCUGAUACUCUGUAGACUGACUGACUCCAGUUAAUCCUGCCAAAACUGGGUGGUCCAUAAACUGCCCAGCCCUGCAUCUCAUUACUGAGUAGGUCCUAGGAGCUCCCAAAAAUAUUUCUGGUCACAUAUAUAUGGUCCACUCAUGCAUUUUGAUUAGGAAGUAAGUCCCAUUGAACUGAAUGGAGUCGUGGGGUUUAUUGCCAAGUUAAGUAUGCAUUGGAUUUCAAAUUUGUGAGGCCAGGCUAGUAAUACAGGUUUCAGCCUCUUUUUCAAGGAGCUACCCUCUUGGAUUAUGGCAGUUCCUUUAUUCGCAUCCGUAGUGUGUCAACAGGAAAAAGAGGCAAAAUAAACUGAGGCCAUUUUGUUUCAGAGUGUAUUUAUGGUAGUGGCAACGGAGAUGCCAGCUUGAGACCCUCUUUCAAAGGGAAGAUACCCACUUUCACAAGGAUUAUGUGAAUAGAAUUACAUUCUUAUGGGAUGCACAAAUGCCAAGAUGGUUCACUACUGAUGCCAUGACUUUCCUUUAAUGUAUUUAUGGUAUCAACACCCAGUUUAGUGGAAAGGCAAAAUGAUUUUAUUUUUUGUAUGUUUGCAGUAUUGCCUAAGAAGGCAUGCAAAUGUGUAUUUUCUGGGCCUGGCCCUUUUUUAAUUUGAAGGACAAGCAAGAUUAUAUUGUGAUGCUCUUUUUAUUAGAAUACUUACGGCAUUUGCAUAGAAGAGAGCAAUUGGAUCUCUGAGGGAGUUUCUUGUCCUCAUUUGUGGGGUUUAUUCUUAUGGCAUGUGUAGAGCAUCAGAUAGAGAACAGUUGUAAAAUAUCACCUCUGACUUACAAUUCCAAUGAAUAACCGGAUGGCUUCUCUAUUUAUGUGUUUAAGGUAAUCCAUACAGAAACACCAUGUGAUUUGUGGCCUUCAUCUUGUUUGAGAAUGAAGGCAUUUUGAUAAUUGUUGAGACUUCAGAAUAACUGUGAAAACCUCGUGACAUCACCUAGCUAUAUCAUAAUGGAGUCCAUCUUAGACCAUUCUUCUGGAUAAUUCUAGAAGGUUCUCAUGGCUCACUGGCUGUUAAGAACCCUAUGUAAUCUCCUUUGACCUCUUUAAUUCAUUCCAUGUUCCUGACACCCUUGAAUGUUCAGCGGACAACCGUAAGUUCACUGUUACUUCAAAGACACGUCCAACUGGCAAAGUAAGGGUCACCCAGGAGACAUUUAACUGUUAGAGGGAGUGGGAUGCUGCUAUAUAUAAGGGGAAUUGGGAGAGAUUGAGCCAAAAUUAAACACCCCAAACACUGUUGAUUACAACAGAAGAGAAUUAAAUAGGUGCUUAACUCUCUUCUACUAAAAUGAUUGAGUCUUUGGAGUGAUCAUCUUUGGCUGGAUGAUGCCCUUAUUCAGUAAGACUGAACAGGCCUCUCCAGGUUAUUUCCUCCAAACUUUUCCAAAAAGACUACCUUGAGCUAGAAAUUGUACUGGUUUGUAGCCAGUGAGGUGCCUAUCUUUCAUUAAUAAUUUCAUCUCUCACAUUGAGGAUCCUGUCUUUUUGUAGUCAUUUCCUUUAGUCAACAGUGUGUUCAUAGGGGCCAGAAUUUUAAUUCCCACGGGUUAGCAUAGAAAAGAAAAACUGCUCUAUAGCUGAACGAAGAACCUUGCAUGUCACUGUGUCGAUCUGGUAUUUGAGUCUACAAAAACACACACCCCUGAAUGCGAAUAGACAGCUGUGAAGAGGAAGCCACCCCAGGCUUUAGUGCUUUGCUGUAUCUCAGACAAGUAGCAACACUGCAUCUCGACACCUCAGUUAAUACCUUUGAAAUAUGGAGUAAGUUUGGAAAGUAUAUUAAGAAUCUGAGACAUGACAGAACAUUUAAACAAACGUUUGGCACACUGAAUAGAUUGCACUUCAGAUAUGUGCACAGUAGAGCCUGCAAGUGCUGGCACCACAUCCGAAAUGACACCCAAUGGGAGGAACACUUAAAAGGAAGUCAAUAUGUUGCUUUGUUGUCAUUCUCACACUUUGGCUAAGGUGGAAGGAACAAUGGCUCAUGUAGAAUGGUUGGGGUUUCCAAAAAAAGGGGGGGAACAAAGGAAAUCGGAAUUUUCUCGAUUUCUACAAAUAAUGAGAAUUUUUUCACAUAAUCACAGCCAGCCCAAGAUAUUCUGCUGUCACAAGCAACUGUUGUAUCUGUUAUCUAAGAUCGAUUGCUAUGUAAUCCCAGAGCUGUGCCAAGCAUUACCCAUGACAUUGCAAGGAAUCCCACAAUUUUACUGACACCCUUGAAAUUCUGAUUUCCAAGCUGCAGCUUAGCAGAGUAGCCCUGCACAUAAUAACACACACGUUUAUCUAUCUUCCCUUAUCAAGUGCUGGACAUUCUUGGAUGGUGUACAAGCUUGUUCUAUGUAUGUGAGACUUACUUAGGGAAUAUGGACUCGUUCUCUCACAUACAUUGAGGUAUUGAGGUUAUAGUGGCAAAGAAACCUGAUGGUUUCAGGGCUUUAUUGGAUUUUGCUGCAUUCUGUCACUUUUUCAAUACAGCACCUGCACUGUUGAGUUGGAAGGAUCUAGUCUACUCGUGCCGUGAUCUCUUAAGUUUUCUUUGCAAAUUCAAACAUGCAUACAAGAUGUGUAAGUAAAUUGGUGGUGAUAAACAGAAAUCAAUAAAACCCCCAGAAUAUAUGAACAAUGUAACCUAGGUAUACAGAAGACUAUAAAACUAGUUAGAAACACAAAUGUAGCUCAAGUUGAUGUAACAGCCCCUAGAGCAUGAAGUCAGAUUCCAAACAUUACACCUCAAAAUAAUCCAUGUCUAAUAAUCAUAGACUCUGGGCAUACAGGGGAAAAAAGCCUUAUUUCCAUUUCUGUUAACAUGGAGCAAUGGAAUCACCCACUGCCCAAUGUUAAUAUGUUAAAUAAAUUUUAUAGUGUUGUUCUUGGAGGAAAAAUGAGCAAAAGUCUGUGUAGACUAUUUAUCCUGUGUGUGUAUUAGCUUCGUAUUGUGUUCCUGUGAAAGUUUUUCCUCCAUUUGC